AUGCACUCUCUCAAUUGGAAAACAGACAUCGAAAAUGACAACCAGGUACCCAAGAUCAACUGGACCGCUCUCCAGGAAUUUGCCAUCAGCUUGAGGAACAGCAAAGACGAUAGUUCAACAACCAAAACCUGCCAUAUUCCCCCAAUAUACAACAUGGGUGGCCUCCAUCUAGCCAUAAUUCUCGAAUUCGACGACGGCACGAAAUGGGUAGCGCGAAUCCAACGACACAAACUCACCAGCGAACUUGAGAAACGACUCCUCCACGAAAUCCACACUCUCUCUAUCCUCCACGAGCAAACAGACGUCCCCGUCCCAGAAGUCUUCGGCUACGAGACUGACCCAGAUCUUAUUGGCCGUGCAUUCAUGAUAAUGGAGUUCAUUCCCGGAAACACAGGAACGGACUUUAUGGGGCCGCAUAGUUUCCAUAUACCCUCUCAAUUCAAAACCAAAUUCUACCACGAAAUAUCCCGCAUACAUGCAAGUCUCUCACAAACCCCAGAGCCCCCAGCAGCGAUGUCAACAAUCCGGUUCCCGAAAAUCGGCAUGAUCGCCAAGCGCGACGACGGAACAUACGAGAUCGAAGCGAUACCAGGUCUAGGGGGACCAUUCAACACAACAACAGAGUAUUUCGCAGCAUGGGGCGAGCACACCAAGUUUCCGGAAACAGAGGUAUGGAUGAGAGAUCAUCUACCGGAAGAAUAUGCGGACGAGGUCGUGACAUCGAUUGGUGAUUACCCACGACGGAUCAAAGAGCAGCGGUUCGAUAUCACGGUUCGAAAUGAGGGUCCUUUCCCGCUUAGACAUACCGACUUCCUGCAUAGCAAUGUCAUUGUCGAUGCCGAGUUUAAUGUACUUUCUGUUAUUGACUGGGAACAUGCUGGAACGGUUCCCUGGGAGAGGGUUGAAUUCCCUAUUUUCCUGUCAACGCUUCCUCCUGCCCUGGAUUUUCCAUGGAAAUAUGGUGCCGAUGGAAAGCCGUUGGAUGAUGAUACCAGGAAGGAUUGGGAGGAGCGAGAAAAUUAUGUGCGCAGCGUUGAAGAGGCUGAGAAGGAAAUGGGGUAUGACGAUAGGCUUUCUUCAAUGCUGGGGUCGAUGUACUAUCAGAAUCUGGCCGCUUGUUUUACAAGGUAUGAAGAAGGGAAGCUUGGUGUUUAUUGUAGAGCGCUGGAUGAGUUUACGCCAGAUAAAUCUGUUGGAUAA